AUAUAAUACUUCAUGCCUUUUCUGGCGUAAGGGCAAGGGCAAGUGCAAGGGUUUUCUCUCUGAUCGGAUCAGAUCUAAAUGAUAUGCGCCAUUGAUCCCUCCGAGUGACAGAGAAUCCCUGUUCGUUGCGUCGCGUCCGUUCAAUUCCGGCGUCGCCAAGUCUGGAGGUAGCUUCUAUCUCAACUGCAUUACUUCCGUCUCUCCACUGUGACCGAGAGCCUUCUCCGUGACUUGGGCGCUUCACCGUUCGUCGCCCAGGUGCAACCUCAGGCUGGAAUGGUGAACUUGUUUACCUUUUCCAUUCUUUAUAUGCGAGGACUGAGAGGUAGUGCCAUUGUGCCAAACAAGGACUGGUUGCAUGGUUCAAUUGUCUGUGAGCAGAUGUUGAAAGGUUUCAUUUUGGGUGCAUAAUUUAAUUGCUCUCUCAUUAGUAUCCUCUUCAGCUAAUGUGAUGAGCAGCAAGGCUGUACCUUCUGCCCGAUAAUUGUACUGGUGUGACUGCCAAACUCUUUCAUGAGGAUCUGCUUCUAAAUCUUUUGAGAUGCGGAGAUGAAUUAAGCUGCCCAGAAAAGGAUUCUGUAUGAAUGGAUAAUGAAUAUAAAAUCACAUUCCUUAUAGUGUCAUCCUCAUUAGCCUGAUUGCUACUGGUUAUAACCUUGUAUAUUUGAAUUAAACGUCCUCACGGUUUGUGAUUCUUGACAGUUUUCAGACAGGUUCAGUGUAUAGAUUUGUUAGAUAUUUAAGACCAUGCCUCAUAAGGGAAAUUACGGGGUUGAUGUUGAUGAUGAAUAUGAUGCCUAUGAAGAUUAUGAUUAUGAUUAUGAUUAUGAUUCUGAUGUGCAAGAGAACUCAGUUGAGCCACCAGAGACAGAACAGGAAACAUUAAGGCCUGGAGUUUGGCGUUGCCCCAUUUGUACAUUUGAUAAUGAAGAAACUAUGUCGGCAUGUGAUAUUUGUGGGGUUCUUCGUAAUCCAUUGGUUAAUGUUCGCAGAAAUGGCAAUAAUAACUUGGUUGAUGGCAUGUGCAAAGAUUCUGGAGUAUCCAUAAUGGCCAAGUCUCUUUUUGCAUCAUUGCCGCGUCCAACACCCAACAAGUCUGUAACUUAUCAGCAGCAGAAUGAUGAUAUUUUGACGGAAGAGUGCAAUAGCUUCCAUAAGCUUGGAAAUAUCCAAGGGCACUUUCAUGAAUUACAUAAGGCUUUUAGCUUACAGAAAAAGUACCAUUUCAAUAUAGCCCCUUUCAAGUUUGAUGUCCUUUCUCCUGAUGAUUUGGUGUCAAGUGGAUUGCGUUCCUCCAAAGUGGUGUCGGAAGCCAUUUCCCAAGGAUCAGCUUCUUCAGUCACUCCUUCAAGUGUCAGUAAAAAGAAAAUUGCUAUUGAUUUCCCUUUAGAUGCUAAAAGCAUUAAUAGCUCUUCAAUAAUACUGUCAGAAGAUAGACAUGGUAGUGUUGCGGAGGAUACCCGUUCUCCAGUGAAUGGGGAUGAGCCACAGAGCCUUUCGGGAAGUCUGAAUGAUAUGUCUUUAAAUAUCAAGUCUGGAGUAUCAAAGAAUGUUAAUGCUGGAUUAUCUAGAUCACAUGCUCACUAUGAACCUGAGAAAUGGAUGCUACCUAACCAGGCAGAAGAUAAACUUAUCCAACUAAAUCUUGCCAUUGUUGGUCAUGUUGAUUCUGGGAAAUCAACACUUUCAGGGAGGCUAUUGCACCUCUUGGGACGGAUAUCUCAAAAGCAAAUGCACAAAUAUGAAAAAGAGUCUAAACUACAAGGAAAAGGCUCUUUUGCUUAUGCAUGGGCUUUGGAUGAAAGCGCUGAAGAAAGGGAAAGGGGAAUAACUAUGACAGUGGCAGUUGCAUAUUUUGACUCUAAUAGGUAUCACAUUGUGCUGCUGGAUGCCCCAGGGCACAUGGACUUUGUACCAAACAUGAUAUCUGGGGCAACCCAAGCAGAUGCUGCAGUUCUUGUUAUAGAUGCAUCGAUGGGUUCUUUUGAAGCUGGUAUGGACAGCACCGGAGGGCAAACAAGGGAGCAUGCACAACUUAUUAGAAGUUUUGGUGUUGACCAAAUUAUAGUUGCAAUAAAUAAAAUGGAUGCUGUGCAAUACUCCAGGGAACGCUUUGAUACAAUUAGACUGCAGCUUGGAACAUUUCUCCGCCAACUUGGCUUCAAGAAUUCUUCUGUCUCAUGGGUCCCAUUGAGUGCCAUUGAAAACCAAAAUCUGGUGGUGUCUGCUUCUGAUGGACGAUUGUCAUCCUGGUAUAAAGGACCCUCUCUGUUGGAUGCAAUAGAUUCUCUUGUACCUCCGGCUCGAGAUUACUCAAAGCCACUACUAAUGCCUAUAUGUGAUGUUAUAAAAUUCCAAUCACAAGGGCAGGUAUCUGCAUGUGGGAAACUUGAAGCUGGAGCACUUCGAAGUGGAUCUAAGGUUCUAGUUAUGCCAUCAAGGGAAAUAGCUACUGUGCGUUCCUUGGAACGUGACUCACAGUCCUGUACAAUUGCAAGAGCUGGAGACAACGUGGCUGUUUGUCUUCAAGGGAUUGACGGAAGUCAUGUCAUGGCUGGGGGUGUGCUAUGUCACCCUGAGUUUCCAGUUGCACUUGCAAACCAUUUGGAGCUGAAGAUUCUCGUAUUGGACUGUGCAACCCCGAUAUUAGUUGGCUCUCAAUUAGAGUUCCAUGUCCACCAUGCAAAGGAGGCUGCAAGAGUAGUGAAGAUAAUAUCAUUGCUUGAUCCGAAGACGGGGAAGGAGACAAAGAAGGCACCGCGAUGUCUGAUGGUAAAGCAGACUGCAAUAAUUCAGGUGGCUCUUCCCGGAGCAGUUUGUGUGGCGGAGUCUUCUACCUAUAAAGCUCUUAGUAGGGUGUUCCUCAGAGCAUCGGGAAGAACUGUUGCUGUUGGCCUUGUGAAUCGGAUAAUAGAGCAGUAACCGCUAUACUUUCUAUGUCUGAAACAUGGUUUAGCUGGAAUUUAAGUUGGCACAUUAUCAGAUGCAUGGCCAAAUGCGUUGAUUGGGUUUGCAGAACGAGUUAGUCUGUCCUUUUUGAUUCCUUGGAUAGGCUACGAUUGUAUAUGGUAGGUCACCGGUGAGAUUCAGUUCAGUUCCUUCACCCGUUCAACUGGUAGUUCCUACAGGCAAUGAAGUUCAAUGUAUCUUGUAUUUUAUGCCUAAAACAGAAGAAGGUUUAAAGUGUAAAUUAUAGUUACUUCCCCUUGUUUCA